AUGGCUCCUAAGAGAAUUAGAAAGUUCAAGUCUGGGGCUAAAAAAAGAAAAGAAAAUAAGAGGAUUGUGAAUGGUCCUGAUGUUGAAGAGGAAGAGAUUGAUGAAAAUAGUGAUCAUGAUGUUGAAGAGGCAGAGAUCGAUGAAGAUAGUGAUCAUGAUGUUGAAGGGGCAAACAUUGAGGAAGAUAAUAUUGAUCAUGAUGUUGAAAAGUCAGAUUUUGAAGAAGAUAAUAAUGAUCAUGUUGUUGAAGAGGUAGGGAUUGAGGAAGAUAAUAUCAUAGACGAAGCUCCUUUUGACAUGGAUGAUCCAGGGAAUUGGAAUAAGAUAGACAAAAAUAUUACUAAUUUUUUGGUUGAAAGAGGCCCCAAAAGAGAUAAUAAUGUGGUCUUUCCAAAAGAUAAAACAAAGAAACAUCUUGUGGGGCAACUAGCUGAAGAAGGCAUGAAUGAUUGGCACAACUGUUCUGAUCGGAUUAAAAGUCAUGAAAAAAGUAGGUAUCACAUUGCAGCCAUGAAAAGUUGGAUUGAGUUGGCAAAACGAUUGAAAUUGAAGUUAACAAUUGAUGCAAGUCUACAUGAACAAAUCAAUCAAGAAAGAGAACAUUGGAAACAAGUAUUACAAAGGAUUCUUGCAAUUGUGAAAAGACUUGGGAAAAAUAAUUUAGCUUUUUGUGGAGAUAGUGAGAAGCUAUAUGAGGACAACAAUGAUCUCUUCUUACAGAUGAUAGAAUUGCUUGUUGAAUUUGAUCUGAAUAUUAAAAAGCAUGUUGGACGUAUUGAUAAAGAUGAGGUUCAAUACCAUUAUUUGAGUCACAAAAUUCAGAAUGAAAUUAUUCAACUGUUAGUAGGUGAAGUGAAAAGCUCAAUCAUCAGCAGAGUUAAAGAAGCUAAAUAUUUUUCAGUUCUUCUUGAUUGUACUCCAGAUUUAAGUAAUGAGGAACAAAUGUCUCUUGUACUACGAAUUGUCAAUGUUUCGACUACACCAGUUAUGGUUGAAGAAUAUUUUCUAGGGUUCUUGAAGGUAGCUGAUACAUCAGGUCUUGGACUGCUUAAUGAACUUCUAUUUGAAUUGAAGACUCUUGGACUUAAUGUAAGUGAUAUAAGAGGACAAGGAUAUGACAAUGGAUCCAACAUGAAAGGUAAAAAUAAAGGUGUGCAAAGUAGACUACUUGCGAUGAAUCCAAGAGGAUUCUACACGCCUUGUGCUUGUCAUUUCUUAAAUUUGGUGUUAUCUGAUAUGGCUCAUUGUUGUUUCACAGCUGAGUCUUUCUUUGGUGUAGUGCAACAAGUAUAUUGCUUGUUUUCAGCUUCUACAAAGAGAUGGCAGGUUUUUAAAGAGCAUGUGUCAGGUUUUACAGUGAAACUAUUAUCAGAAACUCGUUGGGAAAGUCGUGUGGAGAGUGUCAAGGCAAUAAGGUAUGAAACACCACAAAUAAGACAAGCUUUGACUCAUAUUGUUAAUAGUAAAGAAGAUUACAAGACAAAAAGUGAUGCAGAUGCUUUAGCAAGAUUCAAUCUUCAAAAUUUUGAGUUCUUGUUGGGUAUAACCAUAUGGUUCAGAGAAACAGGAUUUGAGGAGUCUUUGGUUGAAGCUAAAGAGAUUGCAAGUGAGAUGGAGAUUGAACCGUUUAAGACAUAUGAAGAAAACUUUGGACUUUUAUUCGAUUCAGAUAAGUUAAGGUCAGCUGAUAGAGAUACAUUGAAGGAUUUUUGUGCUAACCUCACAGAUAUAUUAAAACAUGGUGAGAAUUCUGAUCUUAAUGAAGAUGAUUUAUACCAUGACUUGCGAAUGUUGUGUCAAGAUUUAUCUAAUGACCCAAAAAGAGCUAUAGAUGUGUUGAAUUAUAUAACAAAAUCAGAUGGCUACUAUCCACAUGCUUCGAUUACUUAUAGGAUUCUGCUAACAAUACCAGUCACAGUUGCCUUUGCAGAAAGAAGUUUCUCAAAGUUGAAAUUGAUCAAAACUUACCUUCGAUUUACUAUGUCACAAGAGAGAUUGAGUGGUUUGGCUAUGAUAUCUAUAGAAAAAGACAUAGUUGAAAAACUUAAUUAUGCAGAUUUGAUUAAAGCCUCCAAUUUUUGUUCGCCUUGA